AUGUCUUCUCCCGCAAUAGAUCAGAACCCCGCAUAUAUGCACCCCGUUUUGACAUUGGGCACAUCCCUUUCGUCUCUUUCUCCCGCACCCAACAACACAUCCGUCGCAUACAUCGAAAUGGGAGUGCGGCUCCAUCGUCUAGAGCAAGACUAUUUGGAGUUGCAUCGACGACUGACCGAACACGGUAUACGAUUGGACGCGCUUCACACACCCAAAACGACCACCGGCGACGGCGACGACUCCCGAGCCACGCUCAAACGUCUCGUUUUCGAGUCUGUCACUGCCACCCAUUCUUUGUCGCCCCGAGAGCCGCUAGGGUACGACUGUGUGCGCGAACAAAGCAAGUUUCCCAAACUCAAAUUCUUCACAGAUCGCCAGUGGACAAACUGGAAGAACAACAACAAAAAAACCACGCGCAUUGGGGAGGAAAUUGUUCGCGGCAGGAAGAUGUCGGCGCAAGGUAUCAAUCAUACGGCGCCCUACAUCGAGUACCCCAACGGCACCCCUGCCUCGGGCGACUACAUCAACGACGCCCGCAAGUUCUCCCGAACCCUAAUCAACCUCGCCCGAGGAGCCGAUUACCCGCUCCCUAGGAAGUGGGGCGACACUGAUACUUGGUUACAGGAGUUAUUCUACACCGCGCUCCGCAAAAAGUUCCCCUUAUUCCAGCUCUGCCACAACAACUGGAAGGGGAACACUUUUAUGUACUACACGUACUACGAGGCCGUCACGCGCAAGUGGGACAAAGCAAGCUCGCAGGCCGUCGACCUCAAUCAAGCCCUCCACACGAUCCGAAGCCAAUCCGCCAUGGAAGAAUCUGAGUCGGAGUCGGAGUCGGAGCGUGUGGCCCACGUACCUACAUCGAAGGAUGCCCGCAGUCUGGCUCCCUCCAAGAGGACCCCCAGCGAUGAUGAUGCCGACACAGGCCCUCGCAAGCAGCCUCGCCGGGACACGGCAGGUCUCGCGCAAGACGUCGGCCCUUCAGAGAAGUUUAAGGGCAAGCAGCGAGCAACUCCUAGCCUGCUCUCCGUGAUCUCGACUUCAACCACGGCGUUACGGCUUGAACAGCGUUCGUCCGCCCUCGUCACCCUCCCGCCAUCUCUGCCCACCCCUACGUCUCCUUCCCAGUCCGCUCUGGCUUUCGCACGACCAUCCGCCACCACAUCCCCUAUGUCCGCCACCACGUCCCCUACGUCCGCCACCACGUCCCCUACGUCCGCCACCACAUCCACUACGUCCACCACCACGUCCACUACGUCGGUCCCAGUCUCCCUAUCCGUUCCAGGGACCUCAUCGGAUCCGGCUCAGAUGCUAAUCGUCCCCCCCGUCUCAUCGACCACCAUGAAUCUGACAGUCGGCACGCCUGCCUCCCCUUCUGAACCCAGUCCUGCCUCGAUUCCAUACCCCUCGACCUCCAAACAGGCAACUUCAACGCUCUCCCCAACGCCCAUCAACCCCGAUGUCCCCGCGGAGGGUGGUGUGGACAUCUCUGCGUCCCCGCCCCAACACGUCACCCCCCCAGAUACUGCCCCCUCGAACGAGCAGCCUUCCAAGCCCGCGGAGACAACUGCGUCGAAAAAACCGCGCGCCCCUCGCAAGACGACGCAGUGGCCUCCCGCACCGGACCUGAAGGGCGCAAAGUGGGUCUAUGCCCGCAAAUGGUACGCAGAUGCCAAUGGCACGCUGGAGGCUUUUGAGGCGCACUACAAGACACUCAGUUCCUCGGAUCGCAGGAAACUCGGACGUGUUGCUCCCGCGUAG